GGAGCUCUGUACCGGGAUGGCUCUCGCUGAGACCCCGCUGCGCCGCGGGCUCCGCGCCCUGUCGGAGUCGGUGUCGGAGCAGCUGAGGCGGGUCGGAGAGGAGGUCCUGGGGCUCCUGGAGAAGCGCAGCGGCGGGUGCGGAUCGUCGGCGGGCCCCCUGCUCCGGCUGCUCCUCACCGAGCGGCUGGCGGCGGCGGCGGAGCGGAUCGCGGGGCUGCUGGAGCGGGAAGUGGAGGAGUACCGGCGGCAGCUGGAGCGGCAAAGCCGGCUGCUGGAGGCGGUGCUGAGCCCGGUGGUCCGACUGAACAGGACAGACUCGGUCAGCUCGUCCACUCUGAGGAUGAUCGGCACCGACAAAAACCCGCUGUCAGAGGUCGACUCCGCCCACACCACCACAGCCCUGCCGAGCUCCACCUCCUCAGACGUUUCUGCAGCAGAAAGCAACAACAGCGACGACGACUGGAGGGGCAGCGAUGAAGGCUCCCUUAUUAAAGACACAAACAGGACUGAGGGAAGACAGCAGUCCAGCAGCAGGAGACAGCAGGCGUCGUCGUCAGGCCAGCCGGCGACUUGCCGCUGCGUCAUCUGUCGAAAAACUUUCCGCCACAGAGGAAAUCUGGUGAAACACGUGGAAACCCACGCAGACAACUCUGAGCGUCUCUGUGGAGUCUGUGGAGAACAUGUCGAGUCCUCAGACAGUUUGCUGGACCAUCUCAGAUCUCAUAGGGAAACCGGCGGCGGGACAUGUGAGAUCUGUGGCAAAACGUUUCAGAACAUGGAGACUCACAUGAGGAGUCACACAGGAGUCAAACCGUUCAGCUGCGACAUCUGCAACAAGAGUUUCCCCCGGCCCGGAGCGCUGAGGAGGCACAAGAAGAUCCACAGCAAGAGCACCCCCGACAUCUGCCCAGUCUGUGGACUGACCUUCACCCAAAACCAAGCGCUGCAGCAGCACCUGAGGACCCAUGAAAAGGACGGUGGAGACCAGAGUGAGGACAACGAGCGUGAUCAGACGGAGACGCUGAAACCAAAGAGCGAUAAAAGACAAAUCUCAGGACUGAAGUCAUCUCAGUCGGCCUCGCUCUGCUGCAGAGUCUGCGGUGAUUCCUUCCACAGCCAAGGCUUCCUGAGGAAACACGCUGAGACGCACAGCAGGGACGCUCAGGGUGUCUGCGGUGUCUGUGGACAGCAGGUAGACUCACCUGAAAGUCUGCUGACUCACCUGCAGUCGCACAGAGAGACCAGCGGCACCUGCAGUGUCUGUGGGAAGAGUUUCCAGAACAUGGAGACACACAUGCGAAGCCACACGGGGAUCAAACCCUACCGCUGCAGCGUUUGCAACAAACGUUUUCCUCGACCUGGAGCUUUGAGGCGCCACAAGAAAAUCCACAGCGGGGAGCGACCGUACACCUGCCAGCGCUGUGGGAAGACCUUCAUCGAGAGCAGCGCCCUGAAGACUCACAGCAGAAGUCACUCGUGGGAGAUUCACGAUGACGAGGACCCUGAGCCACCGGCGGACUCUCAGAACCUGAAGCCUAAGACGGAGGAAAGUCCAACUGUCCAAGAGAACACCAAGACGUCGACUCAGAUGUCUCACUGCUGUAAAGUCUGCAGGGAGUCUUUCCAGAGUAAAGGCAGUUUGAGGAAACACGCAAAGACUCACACAGCCGAGUCGGUCUGUGGCGUCUGUGGUGAAAACUUCCCACCGGCAGAGACUCUGACCGAGCACCUGCAGACUCACAGAGACGCCGGUAAAAUCUGUCACAUCUGUGGCAAAACCUACCAGAACAUCGAGACUCACAUGCGCAGUCACACCGGUGUCAAACCGUACCACUGCAGUGUCUGUGGUAAGUCCUUCCCACGGCCUGGUGCCUUGCGGCGCCACAAGAGGAUCCAUAGUGGGGAGAGACCGUACAUCUGCGAGUUCUGUGGGAAGACGUUCAUCGACAACGGUGCUCUGACAACGCACAUCAGGAACCACACUGGGGACAAACCGCCACAACGGGUCUCCUGUGAGACCUGUGGGAAGAGCCUGGCGUCAGUCCACGUCCUGGAAGUCCACAAGAGGAUCCACACAGGCGAGAAGCCGUUUCAGUGCCGUGUUUGCGGGAAAGCCUUCAGGCAGGUGGGAGGGCUGAACGCCCAUAUGCUGACUCACACCGGGGAGAAACCGUUCAGCUGCAGCCUCUGCAACAAGAGCUUCAGUACCAAAGGAUACCUGGAGACCCACAUCCGUUUCCACAGGAAGGAGCGAGCGUUCAGCUGCCACCUGUGCUGGAAGGCCUUUGUCACCAAGAACGACCUGAAGAAACACCUGCUGACCCACACCGGAGAGAAACCCUACAGCUGCAAGGUCUGUGGGAAGAGCUACCAGGAGAAACGCUCCAGAGACAUCCACAUGAAGGUCCACCUGGACGUCCGAACCAGAGAGUCGGUCAGGAGGGACGAGUGUCUGCAGCCAGAGUUCAUGCAGCUGUAGAGUUCAUACAGACCAGUCACCAUACUGGUUUUACAAACUGGUGAACUGACAGACCAGCAGCUGGGUUUGUUGAGGAACAGAAAUCUGCUGCGAUUAUCCUUCAGUCGUCUUCAGACACUGAUUCUAAAGCAAAAUCCAGAAUCACAAACCCAAAUUAAACUGAUUGGUUUUUAAGUUUGAAAUCGUGUUUGACAGUUUCACAGAAAUGUUUAAUGUUUUUGUAGAUUUUUGAUUUCAGAUCAUUUACAAACCAACAUUUUUCUGUACUGACAUUUUUUACAGCAGUGAAGUUAAUGAUGAUGUUCAAGAAAGUUUUUCACACAUUGUAAAAAAUAGUCUGUUCUGCCUCCAAACAAAGAUUUUAAUUAAUUAAACAAUUUCAUAAAGAUUUU